AUGUCAUUGGAGGCACCCUUGAGUUCUCCUCCUCCUCCUCCAAUGGGAAGAACUACUACCUCACUUUCUAUGGAUUCUCUAAAGUCAUCUAACACUAAGAAACGGUCGGUAAUACAAGCUCUUAGUGAUGAAAACAUAUCAGCAACCCCAAUGAACUCUCAUGGGUCUGCUUCUUCUUCAACUUCAACUACCAAAAGUUUGCAUUCACCUGAAGGAGCUCUUCUGCUGCUGCUAUCACCUUCCAAACGUUUACAUCUUCAUAGCAUGAGUCCUAAUGUCAAAUCUCCAAAAAUGUACUUAACGAGUGCAAAGCCAGGGACUUCAACUUGUAGGCCGCCGAUCCGGAGACCAAAGCUAUAUCAACAAAGAUCAGUACUGGAAUUAUCACUGGAAGUUGAAUUACAUAGAGGUUCAUUUUCAGGGUCUACUACUUCUACCAUUUUUGAAGAUUCAGUUACCCACAAGACAAGACCGCAACAGAAACGAAGAGUCACCACCAAUGGACAAUUACAUCAUGCAUUAUCAUCAUCUUCAACUGCUGCUUCUCAUACUGUUACUCAUGCUACUGUUCCGAACACCAACAAAGGGCUCUUAUUAACAAGACAGAUUCCCAAUCCUCGGUCUCAAUCUUCCAUUGCAUUAUCAUCUAACAAUAACAAUCCUCUAUUGUUAGUCUCUCCAACUAAAUUGAAGUUGAGAAGAACUACGUCUCUUUCGGGUGCAUCAUCAUCAUCUUCAUCAUUGUUUGAUUCGGGUACCGUUUCCUUGACGGACAGAUUUAUUCCAUCCCAUCAUAAUAGCAUUACGUCAAAGUUAAACAAUACAAACAUCAUUCCUCAGCCUAAUGAUUCUCCAGUGAUGCACAUCAAUGCACAAACUACUAAAAUCCAUCAAAAUCAUGUGGCUCAAGCUUGUGGACUCCAGGUGAACUCCAGAAUCUUACAAUUCCAACCAUUACCUCCAGAAUCAAAAAAGCCAUUGAGCUUUUCCAAAAAGGAUAAAUCAUUAGAUGAAAAGUCUCUAGGGUCAUCUGAUGAUGGCACCAAUAGAUUGAAGCCUGCAGUAGCUAGUGCUCGAGCCAAAAAGAUUCCUACAGCACCUGAAAGAGUACUUGAUGCUCCAGGACUUGUAGAUGAUUUCUAUCUCAAUUUAAUUGCAUGGUCUUCAACAAACGUCUUAGCCAUUGGACUUGAAGAUUCAGUGUAUCUUUGGCAUGCUAACACAGGAGACGUUGUGUUACUAUGUGAAGUACCUCGUGGUUGUGCAGUCUCGUCGCUCAGAUGGUCAGAAGAUGGCUCGUAUAUUCUGAUUGGACGUGACGAUGGGUUAUUGGAAAUUUGGGAUGUGGAGACCACGUCGAAGCUUCGGACAUUAAACUGCGAAAAUCACCAAACAAGAAUUGCAGCCCAAGCAUGGCUGCAACAUAUCCUCACCAGUGGAAGUCGUGUUGGAGGAUUGUACCAUAGUGAUGUGAGAGUAGCCUCUCAUUUGGUGGCUAAGAAUGAACAAGCACAUCUGGCCGAAGUCUGUGGUAUUGAGUAUCGUGGUGAUGGUCAAAUGGUAGCUACAGGUGGAAAUGAUAACUUGGUUUGUAUUUGGGAUGUUCGUAAGACUUGGAGUAACUCCUCUCCAAGACAACACCUUCAUCAACAGCAGCCUGUUUUCUCUAAGACAAACCAUACAGCAGCUGUCAAGGCGAUCAGUUGGUGUCCGUACCAGAACAACUUGUUAGCCACUGGAGGUGGUUCAUCUGAUAAAAACAUCCAUUUUUGGAACACUGGGAACGGUGCUCGAGUUAAUACCAUUGAGACACACCUGCAAAUAAGUUCAUUAAACUGGGGUUAUGCCAACGGAACAGGGCUUGAAAUCGUUGCUACUCAUGGGUUUCCUACAAACAACAUUUCAUUGUUCAAUUAUCCUACAUUACAAAAGACGGGUGAAAUCCAUCAAGCUCAUGAUUUCCGGAUCCUUAACGGCUGUCUUUCACCUGAUGGGUUGACUCUAGCCACUAUUGCUGGAGACGAGAACUUGAAGUUCUGGUCAUUGUUUGAUCUGAAGCGGUCAAUUGCAAGUAAAACAGAUGAUGAUUCCAGCCAUAAUGAUGUGCGGAAGAUGUUGUUAAGAUAG